AUGGCGGACGGCAGACACAGGUCGGCACAGCCGACCGUGAAGGACUACGAUGCCACUACUCUCACCCACGAAUUUGAACAGUUGAUGCGUACCAAGCGUUUCAACCGCCUUCAAGAACAGUCACAGCCUCGAUCGCGCACCCAAUCUCCAGCGCCUUCUACUAUGUCCAGUCCAUCGAUUCCGCCUCCUCCCUCACGGGCGCCACCUCCACCUCCAUCAGCUGGUGCUCCCGCUGCUUCACCAAAGCCAUCGAACUCCGCCCUGCGUGGCCUCCCCGUAUUCCCAUCGCCACCUCAGGAUCCAGCUUCGCUCAAGUUCUUCAACCUACUCAAGGGGCUAUCCGUUACACCAACCAAAUACGAAAACCCAGGCCUUCUCGACGAGGCCUUGUGCGUCAUUCCACUCGAUCGCUUAUAUUCCGAAGCCGAGGAGGAAUCCCAGAUCAUGCAAGCCCAGGCCGCCAGCGUGGGCGGGAAACCGGAAUGGGGCUAUCAAGAUUGUGUGAUUCGAGCAUUGUUGAGGUGGUUCAAGGGAUCCUUCUUCCAAUUCGUGAACAACCCCCCGUGCUCGAAGUGCCACAUGCCGACCAUCGCUCAAGGCAUGACACCACCCACACCCGAUGAGACGGCUCGGGGUGCAUCCCGAGUCGAGCUGUACCGAUGCUCCGAUAACAGCUGUGGCGCCCACGAACGAUUCCCCCGAUACUCCGAUGUUUGGCAAUUGCUACAGUCCCGACGGGGUCGUGUAGGCGAAUGGGCCAACUGCUUCAGCAUGUUCUGUCGUGCGGUCGGCGCCCGUGUCCGCUGGGUUUGGAACUCGGAGGAUUACGUCUGGACUGAAGUGUAUUCAGAACACCAGCGACGCUGGGUCCACGUUGAUGCCUGUGAAGGCGCCUGGGACCAGCCUCGCCUGUACACCGAAGGAUGGCAACGUAAGAUCUCCUACUGUGUCGCUUUCUCUAUCGAUGGUGCAACCGAUGUCACCCGCCGCUACGUCCGCAGCUUCUCUCGCCACGGAAGCCCUCGCACUCGCGCACCCGAAGAGGUUGUUCUCUGGUCAAUUCACGAAAUCCGACGAAAGCGCCGCGAAGGCCUGAAGGCGACUGACCAGCGCCGCCUACAGAAGGAGGAUGAACGCGAAGAGAAGGAGCUCCGAUGCUACAUGGCCUCUGCUCUGGCAGCAGAGAUCAACAACAUGCUCCCUCGCCACCUCGUCGGUCGCCCAGAGGAUCAGAAACACCCCGGUGCUCGCCAGGGCGCAUCGACCGAAUGGCUCGCCGCCAGAGGCCACGGCAACACAGGCCCCGAUCGGUCCCCCGAAGGACGGUAA